AUGACUAUUGUUCGUUCAUUCAUUCAUUCGCACCCCGCAAGUCAGUCAGGCCCUUUACCGGCAUUCUUCUAUCCACGUGCUAGUGGUUUAAGACCCUCCCUGUGCACGAUAGCGCAAACGUUUCAGCCGCGAGGUUCAGCGACUUCAUUGAUGCUACCAUCAGAAGGAUUUAUAAACACUCUAGGGAAGCGGAAGCUGUUUGAUACGUUUCUUUAUGAGAAGAGGUCGUUUAGGCCGCAUCUCUUUAAAGCUGAAGUAGAUGGGGAAACUUCUUCUUAUGAGGAAAGAGAGGCAGAUGCAUCUACAAGGGAGGCCAACGCAGCUGUACACGAGGCGAAGUGGAUGAAUGAGAUGGAAAUCAGUAUAUAUGACUCAUGGUUUAACCCAAUUGUAUCAGAACUUCCUGAGUUAGUUCCUGAUGCGUUUAUCUAUCUUGAGGCUAGCCGAACACCUGCAUGCCGUUCUCGAAAGAGGCCAGAGGAAGUUAACGUAGGUCUAAGGUAG